CCGUGAACCUUCACCUCGGAGGAUGUAGAUAGUUAGACUUAACCCAACAGAAUUCAAAAACAACAUUUUCAAUUCUCUCACAUGUAUGUAACAUCUUGAGUUUCCCCAUAAAUUAAAUCUCUUCAAUUUUCAAUCUUUGAUAGCUCCACAAAAAAAAAAAUAGUGUUUGUCCAACACUACCCACCACACCAACAGAACCCACCAAAUACUACUUUUCCACCCUAUACAUAUAUGACCCACAAGUGCUUCAUUCUUUACCUCUUCAACUUCUAGACUCCAAAAAAACCCAAAUGGGUUUCAGGGUCAUUACUCUCUUUGUUCUAUUCUCUCUGUUUUGUUGUGUUUUAUUUUGUGAAGGUGAGUUCCAUAAUGUGAGUGGUAUAAGUGGGAAAAAGCAAAGUGGGUGCAAUUUGUUUGUAGGAAAUUGGGUUGUUGACCCUUCGUAUCCUUACUAUGACUCUUCAACUUGUCCCUUCAUUGAUCCUGAAUUUAAUUGUCAAAAGUAUGGAAGACCUGACAAACAAUAUCUCAAAUUCUCUUGGAAGCCUGAUUCUUGUUCCUUACCAAGGUUUGAUGGGGAAGAUUUUCUGAACAAGUGGAAGGGAAAGAAGAUAAUGUUUGUGGGAGACUCACUGAGUUUGAACAUGUGGGAAUCGCUGUCGUGUAUGAUUCAUGCGUCGGUGAGAAAUGCAAAGACAAGCUUUGUGAGGAGAGAGGCACUUUCUUCUGUGACAUUUCAGGACUAUGGAGUAACUAUCCAGCUAUACCGCACACCUUAUUUGGUGGACAUAAUACGAGAAAACGUUGGUCGAGUGCUUACAUUGGACUCCAUUGUCGCUGGAGAUUCAUGGAAAGGCAAUGACAUGUUAAUAUUCAACUCAUGGCAUUGGUGGACCCAUAAAGGAAAAUCACAAGGGUGGGAUUAUAUAAGAGAUGGAAGUAAUCUGGUCACAAAUAUGGACCGUUUAGAUGCAUACCAUAAGGGAUUGAACACUUGGGCUAGAUGGGUUGAUCUUAAUGUUGAUCCUUCCAAAACUAAAGUCUUCUUUCAAGGCAUUUCCCCUACUCACUAUAUGGGAAAGGAGUGGAAUCAACCAAAAAGAUCUUGUAGUGGACAAUUUGGACCAUUGGCAGGAUCAACAUAUCCAGCAGGUCUUCCUCCACCAUGUAACAUAUUGAACAAUGUGUUAAAGAGUAUGAAAACUCAAGUUUAUCUACUUGAUAUUACACUUCUCUCACAAUUGAGAAAAGAUGCACACCCUUCUUCCUAUAGUGGUGAUCAUGCAGGCAAUGAUUGCAGCCAUUGGUGCUUACCAGGAUUGCCUGAUACUUGGAACCAGCUCCUAUAUGCAGCUCUCUCCUAAAGUGUUUUCAGAAAAUUCUUCAUUACUUGGGAAAUAUAGUUACUAUAAGGAAUGAAAAUCAAGUGUAAAAUUAUAGGAUUAUUGAAUAAUUAACUAAAAUAAGUUCUAUCAAGUGAUGGAAUUUGUUGAAUAUAAAGAAAAGAACUUUAAGAGGGGAUAGAUUUUGUUUUGUAACUUUAUUGAAUCAAUGAUUAUAUAAAUACUUUA